GAUUCACCGACUCCAACUCCCAUGGAUGGCAGUAAAGACAGCAACACCAAGAAUUCGAGUUUCUUUUUCUAGAGUACACACCACCUCCGUUACUGUCUAGUGAUACUAUCCCCACAAUGUGUAAACACAUCCUCAACGCCCAAGUCUCGGUCCGCUCGCCAUGCUGUCGCAAGUGGUUCGACUGCCCCGACUGCCACUCGGAGCAGGAGGAGCACCCGCUGCUGCAGCGGUUCGAGAUGAUCUUCGCGUGCAAGAAGUGCCGCAAGUGCUUCCGCAAGAACGCGGCCGAGUUCGAGGAGGCCGACGAGUACUGCCCGCACUGCGACAACCACUUCGUGCUGGACGCCCUGACGCCCAAGGCCGCCAUCAGCGUCGAGGGCGCCGACCUCCGCGUCGACAGCCGCAUGAUCAAGGACGAGCGCGAGAAGGCCAAGGAAGGGGAAAAGAUCACCGUGUUUGACCCGGAUCGGGAGGCUGAUAAGCUGGGUUGAGGGGUUCUGCGGAAGAGGG